AUGGCCAAUUUCAUGCAUACACGCAGAACGACAAUUUUUCGAAGAUUUGACGACGUUCAUGUACGGCUGUUAUUGCAUCUACAGGAUGAGAUUUCAGCACUGGAAAAGGAACUACUAGACAUUGAGCAAUCUGGCCCCGGCAGACCAGAUCAUCUGGUCAGGAAGCCCACUGUUAUGCGCGAAUUGCGAAAGACGUUGGCAGAAUAUGAUCAUCUCUUCGCUAAUUGGAGUUCGAUGCAAGCGAAUAAAGCUAGCGAUGAACUGAAAGAACAGCUCGCUAAAUGGCUGCAAGCUCCAGAUCCCGAAGGUAGUACCUCAAAAACUGCGCAGGCCGAUUUGGUCUGGUUAAAAGAUUCGAAGGAUUUAAGUGCUGUUUCGCUGGACCCCGAAAAAAAGCUACCAGAGGUCUCGAGCUUCAGCAAAGUCAGCACAAAAGAAGAGAACAAGAUAGAUAAGGAGAAUGGCAGGAAUGGUGCUAGUUUCCUGGCUAUGUUCAGUUGUACCAGCAAGAGGAAAUAA